AUGACUCAUCCGCAUUCUCAAAUCAUUUUAUUGGCACACUACAGCAUGUUGAGGGCCAGGUCUAUUUCGUACAGAACGCUAGCCACAGCGGCGAGAAGCCUCGAGGUGCCGCAGGAGUAUUCCAGUCGCACUCCUCCCUACUCAAAAUUGGUGGGAAAACUUCAACAAGUUCGAAGAAUUGUUGGAGAUGAGCCAUUGACUUUGGCUGAAAAGAUCCUUUAUUCGCAUCUUGUGGAUCCUGAAGAGAGUUUACAGGGUCGUCUUAGUGAUAUCCGGGGCCAGCAGUACCUCAAGUUGAAUCCUGACCGAGUAGCCAUGCAAGAUGCUUCGGCACAAAUGGCACUUUUACAGUUCAUGACAUGUGGAAUGUCAUCUACAGUUGUUCCUGCUUCCAUUCAUUGUGACCAUUUGAUUGUAGGCAAGGAUGGAGAGAAGGAGGACUUGGUUUCGUCGAUUUCAACCAACAAGGAAGUUUUUGACUUUUUGCAAAGUUGUGGUGAAAAAUAUGGUAUACAAUUUUGGGGACCUGGGUCCGGAAUUAUUCAUCAGAUUGUAUUGGAAAACUUUUCGGUUCCAGGUUUGAUGAUGUUGGGUACCGAUUCACAUACCCCCAAUGCUGGAGGAUUGGGUGCAAUUGCCAUUGGUGUGGGUGGUGCUGACGCUGUCGAUGCAUUGACCGGUACACCAUGGGAGUUGAAGGCACCAAAAAUCCUCGGUGUGAAGCUCACAGGACACUUAUCGAAGUGGUCGACUCCCAAGGACGUUAUCACCUACUUGGCGGGUAUUUUGACCGUUCGUGGAGGCACAGGCUACAUUGUAGAAUAUUUUGGAGAAGGAGUUGAAUCUCUCUCUUGCACUGGAAUGGCUACUAUUUGUAAUAUGGGAGCGGAAAUAGGUGCUACCACCUCCACCUUUCCUUACCAAGACGCCCAUCGUCGUUAUUUAAUUCAAACCAACAGAGAACCUAUUUCCCGUGCCGCUGAUGCUGUCAACAAGGCAUAUGGCUUUUUGCAAGCAGACAAAGGAGCUCAGUACGAUAAAGUUAUCGAGAUAAAUCUUCUGGAGUUGGAGCCCCAUGUCAAUGGUCCAUUCACACCAGACUUGUCGACACCAAUCUCUUCUUUCGGAGAAGUUGCAGCCAAGGAAAAAUGGCCAUCUACCGUUAGCGCCGGUUUAAUUGGCUCUUGUACCAACUCUUCGUACCAAGAUAUGUCUAGAGCCGUGUCCAUUAUUCGUCAAGCUGAAAAAGCCGGCUUGAAGCCCAAAAUUCCCUUCUUUGUGACACCAGGUUCUGAGCAAAUUAGAGCCACUAUUGAAAGAGAUGGCUUACUUGAGACGUUCGAGAACAACGGUGCUGUUGUCUUGGCAAAUGCCUGUGGUCCAUGUAUCGGUCAGUGGGAUCGUGGUGAUGUGAGCAAAGACUCCACUGAUUUCAACGCAAUCUUCACAUCCUUCAACAGAAACUUCAAGGCAAGAAACGAUGGUAACAGAAACACCAUGAACUUCUUGACUUCCCCCGAUAUGGUUACUGCCAUGAUCUAUUCGGGUGACAUGUCGUUCAACCCUAUUACCGACUCUAUCAAGUUGGAAGAUGGUCUGGAAUUCCGAUUUGAACCUCCAUCAGGUGCAGAAUUACCUUCGAGUGGAUUCGAAAAAGGAAGAGCCGAAUUCUACCCAGAGGCAGAUCCAAAACCCAAGCCAGAAGUGCAAGUCAAUGUUUCUCCAGAGUCGGACCGAUUACAGCUUUUGGACCCAUUCAAGCCAUGGAAUGGUGAAGAGCUACUGACCCAUGUUCUUCUCAAAGUUGAAGGUAAGUGUACCACCGACCACAUUUCAGCGGCUGGUGCCUGGCUCAAGUACAAGGGUCACCUCGAGAACAUCUCUUACAACACAUUAAUUGGAGCUGUUAACAAGGAAACUGGUGAAGUUAAUAAGGCUUACGAUUUGGAUGGAUCUCCAUAUGGAAUUCCUGAACUUAUGAUCAAGUGGAAAGAAGAACAUCGUCCGUGGGUUGUUGUUGCUGAACACAAUUAUGGAGAAGGUUCUGCCAGAGAGCACGCUGCUUUAUCGCCAAGAUUUUUAGGAGGAUCUAUUAUUCUCGUCAAAUCCUUUGCGAGAAUCCACGAAACAAACUUGAAGAAACAAGGUAUGUUGCCAUUGACUUUUGCAAACGAACAAGACUACGAUCGCAUCUCGGGUGGAGAUGUCUUGACCACAGUCAAUUUAAGAGAAAUGAUAUCUAAAGGAGGUGACAAUGGCGGAUCUUUGACGGUUCAUGUCACCAAGAAAGACGGCAGCGAAUUUGACAUUGAGUGCAAACACACCAUGUCGAAGGAUCAAGUCGAGUUCUUCAAGGCCGGUUCAGCCAUCAACUACAUCGGGAACCAAAAAAAGUAG